AUGUCUUCCAUAGAGAAAAUGAGUAUCCAAGGGAUACGAAGUUUCGGACCUGAAGAGCAAGACAAGCAAGUUAUCCAGUUUUUUAAACCAUUGACGUUGAUAUUGGGUCCGAAUGGAACUGGAAAAACUACUAUAAUAGAAUGUUUGAAAUAUAUUACCUCAGGAGAUCUGCCUCCUAACAGCAUGAAAAACUGUGCUUUUAUACAUGAUCCAAAGAUAGCAGGGGAGAGAGAAGUAAAGGGUCAGAUCAGGUUACAGUUACGAGAUGUUACGGGAAAACAAGUUCUGGUUACACGCUCAGUUACAGCUACACAAAAGUUAAAGAAGAUUGAGAUGAAAACGUUAGAGGGUGUAAUAACCAGACAUGGACCUGAUGGAACGAAGAAAAGUAUUAAUUCUCGCUGUGCUGAUAUGACAAGAGAGAUGAUAACAUCACUAGGGGUAUCUAAAGCUGUAAUAGACAAUGUUAUAUUCUGUCAUCAAGAAGAUGCUAAUUGGCCUCUAAGUGAAGGUAAACCUCUAAAAGAAAAGUUUGAUGCUAUAUUCGCCUCCACCAGAUACACCAAAGUUUUAGAGACCAUCAGAAAGUUAAAACAACAGCAGGAUGCUGAAAUUAAAACGUUUAAAGAAGAAUUGAAAUAUUUGAAACAACAUAAAGAUAAAUCAGUUCAGAUACAAGGUGAUUUAGCUGAUCUUAAUGUAAAAUAUCAAACAUCAGAAGAAAGUGUUGCCAAGAUUGAAACUGAACUAAAACCUUUACAGGACAAGUUAAAUCAGUUAGGAACACGAGCUCAAGAAACCUAUAAAAUCAGUUCCAACAUUCGUAAUCGCGAGAAAGAGAAGAUACAAAUUGAUAAGAAUAUUGGUGAUUUACUGUCGAAUAUUGAGAAUGAAUUCCAAGGAUCAUCUGAGGAAUUAAAACAAAUGUUGAGAGAAUUUCAAAAGAAAAUGGAAGAGAGACAAGAAACUCUACAGCAGUAUGAACGAAGAAAAGAAAUCUUAACAAAAGAAUUAGAACGAAUGGGAAAACAGAAAUCAGUGAUAUUAGUAGAAGUGGGAAAACUAGAACAGGAAGCAGCAGUAAGUUAUGACAUAUUAUUUUUACGUUUUGAGUCUUUUUUUUAA